AUGUCUUUCCAGCUCCCGCAGGUACCGGCAGCUCAUCACCACUUCAUUGGACAUCUCUCGCGCAAUGAUUCGGCCCAGCUCCGAGACCUCGUCAAGCCGUACAAUGAGUACGAGGCCAAACUGCGCGAGGGCUUUGCCCAGCACCGCGAGCACCCGGCUAUCCAAGAUCCCCUAGUGAACGCAGUGCCAGUCUUCAAUGGCCAUGAAGGUGUCCCCAAGAUCAGGGCUCGGAACCCAGAUGAGGAUUCCGAGGCCGGCAGAUAUAUCAUGCCCUUGAAGCCCGAGGCCAGACGCCCGCAUGGCGCCCCGGCCAUGACGCAGUCCCUGGAAGAGUUCAAGAACAACUUCAAGAUCUUUUCUGAGCAGUCCCUCGACGAUCUGGACUGGUCGAACGUUGUCGCGGCGGGCUCGUCGGUGGUCACGGCAAUGUUGCCCGUCUCAGAUGAGUACAAGGUCUCAAAGCGCGCGCUGCGAGAGUACUAUCACGAGAAGCUCGCGCCCUCGAGCGACGUCGAUCUUUUCAUCUGGGGCCUCGACGAACAGGCCGCCAUCGAGAAGAUUGCCAAGAUUGAGUCGUGCGUGCGCAACUGCAUCCUGGCCGAGACGACGACGAUCCGCACCAAGAACGCCAUCACCAUUGUGAGCCAGUACCCGACCCGCCACAUCCAGAUCGUCCUGCGCCUCUACAAGUCCGUCUCCGAGAUCCUGACCGGCUUCGACGUAGACUGCAGCUGCUUCGCGUUUGACGGGACCCAGGUGUACGCGACACCGCGCGGCAUCACCAGCUUCUGCUCGCAGACUAACACGAUUGACCUCUCCCGACGUAGCCCGAGCUACGAGAGCCGCCUUGCCAAAUACGCCCGCCGCGGGUUUGAGAUCUUUUACGCCGAUUUUGAUAGGAAGCGCAUCGACCCGACGGUCUAUGAACGUUCGCUUGUGCGGACUCUUGGUCUGGCUCGCCUUCUUAUCCUCGAGCGGCUUCCUACCGAGUCUGACCGAGAGUCUUACAUGAACCAACGACGCAAAGAACGUGGGCGCCCACCCCUUGACAGCUCGCGCAACUCGAGGAACCAGUUGCCCGGUAACAUUAAAGACCAGGAUCCCCAGGAUGUGGCUGAGUGGGUUGUCGAGGACGAGGUAUCGAACUACCACACCUUCACCAUACCCUACGGCCCUUACUACAACGCCAAGAAAGUUGAGAAGCUUCUCUACGUCAAGGACAUGCUCUUGAACGCAGAAUGGAAUCACAAGAAGGACAGGACUGUCAGUCUCCACCGCCACCCCUGCUUCAUUGGAGACGUCGAAUCCAUUGUCCACGACUGCUGUGAUAGUUGCCCAGAGCCAAAGUCAGACGAGGAAUUAAAGGUUUCCGAGGAAGAAAGCAAGAUCUAUGUUCACGGCGAGAUUGAAUUCAUGAAAGACGACCCUGGGAGGCAGGCGAUUGGGAGUUUCAACCCGUUGACGGCCGACGACUGGACCGACAUGGCUUACCUUGGCAAUACUCAGGAGCUUUGCACGUUCAUAACCGCCGGGGAUAUCGAUGGCAUCAAGCGGUGGUGUUCUGUCGAGGAGAACGAUGUAAACCAUCGCGACCAUACUGGCAGGAUGCCGCUGCACUUGGCUGUCAUGUCUGGCCAGUUGGAUAUUGUCAAGGUGCUCAUUGACAGCGGCGCGCGAAUCACCUCUCGUGUUCAAGACGGCUUCACGUCCCUCCACAUGGCGGCUUCCAUUGGCAGAGCCGACAUCAUCAAGGUAAUCGCGGAGAAAUCUGAGGAAAACGAAGAGAUGGAGGAUGAGAAGGAAGAUGCUCGCAAGAAAGAACGGGCCCGCCAGGAGCCCGAAGGCGCCGAUAGCCCCAUGAAGGAUGUCACAUCUGACCCAGAGUCUGACGCUGAUUCCGACGUGGAAAUGAUAGAUGAGUCUGAUGCCAACACCGAGUCUGAAAAUUCAGAGGAUGCCAUGACGGAAGGCUCAUAUAUCAAAGUCAGCAAAGAAGAGGAGGCACUAGAGGACGACCCAUAUGGCCCCGACUUCUUCGACAUGAACGUCCUCGCCUGGGACACACCGGUGAGCCCGCUACAUGUCGCCAUCCUUGGCGGCCACCGCGAGGCCAUCGAAACACUUGUUUCGUCUUUUGGAGCAGACAUCUUGCUCCCAAUAAAACACAAGAGCAACCGCGGCUCGGUCAACACCGCAAUCCUCAAUCUAGUUCUCGCGAGUCGACUCCCCAGCGAGCAGGCCGCCGAGAUAAUUAAAAGCCUUGUCGGACUGGGUGCCAAGCCUAGUCAAAGUGACAUGAACCAGGUGUCUGCCGCUCACGGAGCUGUUAUUCUGGAAAAUGUUGCAGCGUUGAAGGCCAUGGCGGACAGUGACCUCCCCUCGACCCAGGCUGGUCUGAACCACAUGGUCAACGUUGGGUAUACUUACACGCCAAGAUAUCGGACCGCUCUCGUGACGGCAAUCUUCAAAGAAGAUGAGGAGCUUGUUUCGGCCUUACUAGAGCUCGGCGUGAAGCCAUCCUUUACUUUCGAAGAUUUCCGCGAGGCAAGGCUACGGGAAGCCAAGGAAGAACAUAUGAGCUGGGACCACAAGGAACUAAUGGCAACCUACAACACCGAGAUAAAACAGCCCAUCAUCCACGCCGCCAGGUCACCCACUCCUGGGAUUGUGCUUGCCCUCCUUGAUGCCGGGGCUGAUGUCAACACUCUUAACCUCUCCGCCGGCAUGCUCCUCAACGACGAAUCAGCUCGGUCGACCCCGAAAACUGUCUUGGACUAUGUCAGGGCAGAGAUUGCGACGUGCAAGUCCAAAAGAGCCGGAAGGAAGCCCGAGAAGCCAGAAGUUCGCAAGAUGCCGGAGUUGCAGCCCGACGAGGAAUAUCUCGAAGGCCUUGCUCCUGGCAGCUACAGACACACAAUGGUCUCCCGAGACAUUGAGCUUGCCAAGCUAGCCGCCGCCGCCAUACAGAAGGAAUGCGACGAAAACAAUAAGAGGAAUAAUACAAAAAUUGACCCCAAGCAAGAAGAGCUGGAGGAGGCCCGCAUCAAGGAAUUAGAGGAUUUGGAGAAGGAGCUGGUGAAGAGAGGCGCAAAGGAGUUUUAUGAACUACAUCCGAAACUGAAAAAGAAGCAGGAGGAAGACAGCCCAAAGAACGAUCGACAAGGUUCUGAUGACGGAGACGAGUUUGACAUCAGGCAAUAUUAUGUCAGUGAAUACUACAACGACAAGCGGCUCGAUGGAGAGAAGGAGAAGGCUUACACCGGUUUGUUCGAAGCCGCCUGGAAGGGAGAUGCCGACACUGUCAAGUCGUUGACACUGCACGAGAGAGAGGACGGGGAAGGGGGCAAACUCCCGCCCCUUCUUAUCUCCACAACGGACUCAUGGGGACUCAACGUAUUCACCAUUGCAGUCGUGAAAAACAACCUGAGCCUUGCCCAGAUUAUUCUUGACAUCACAGCAGCCCAAUACGUCCCAGAGGGGUCACAGAAAAUCCCGAAGCGUCGAUUCCGGAUUCGUGGUGCCGAGGAUGCGAGCGACUACGACGAGGACGAAGAGCAACACGGCGGUGACGACAUACUCCUCACCUCGGAGUUGGUGGAUGAUGAUUUCACCAUUGAAGACCUCGGCGCGCUGAGUGCAUCAGCUGGGACUGAGACUACGCCCGCUAAUUUGAUUGUAGCGGCUACGCCUGUGUGGGCUGUUGUGAAACCGAUCAACGUCUGUGCGAGCGACAUUCACCGUGGAGAGUCCAAGGUUUGGGAGCCAAGUUUCUACUGGAGAAGAUGGAGUAGCCCCUCUAGCGCUUUUAGUAGCGUAGUAGAUGAUUUCUGGGUCAAGAGUGACCUCCUCGCUUUUGCCCUCGAAUCCCAGAACGUAGAUCUCAUCAGGUUCAUGCUACGAGUUGCCAAAGAGGCCAAUAUUUCUGCUUUCGACGAAGGAAACGGCACAUCUGGACUUGACGAUUCGUGGCACAACCAGUUGUCAGACCACUUGUCCCGUUACAUCGCUCAAGGAAAAUGGGAUUUGGUAGAGCUUCUCAUCACAGAGACUGGCGCGGGAAUGCCCAUUUCCAAAAUAUUUGGGAGCAUCGCCAUCCCCGAAGAGGAGCGCGAGAAGCCCAAGUACUACCAAGGCCUCAAAAUCCGCGGCACGCACAAGUCGGACUGGGCGGCCGAGGCGGGCGGCGAGCAGCAGCGGGCCCAGGCGACGCCUUGGCGUGAGAACACCACAUCGCCAUUUAUCAACGCCGUCCAUGACGAGGACCGCAGCGUCGUCGACUUCUGGCAGGGAGACACGUGCGUCAGAAUGUACGACACGUUUGGGAAACGGAACACGCACGCCAAGUCGAUCCAGCGCAUCGAAAAGGAGUACGGGACCUGGAAGAAGGCCGUUACGACCUGGCUCGGCCUCCGGAAGCACCUGGCCGUCCACUGCGCGGUGCUCAGGGGCAAGCAUUGGGGUGAGCACGACAAGGCGGUUGACCGUGUGCAGUACAUGCUCGAGUGCGUGCCCAACAGCCUGACCAAGAAGUCAAACGGCGGUUUCGACCCUCUCUGGCUCGCCUUUUACUACCACCAGGUCGAGACAGCUAAGCUACUCAUCGACGCGGGCGCCGAGCAGACCACGCGCAACAACGAUGGAGAGAACAUACUUCAUGCCUUGUUAUUCCGGGGUCCGCAGUCAAAUACAGAGGAAGAACCGGACAGGGAGCAGAAGGAUCUUGACAAGAUCGAAGCGUUGCUGAAGAUGGUCGAUAAGCGCCUCCUGUCCAAUUUGUUUACUGAUCGGAGCUCGACCGGUCCGACUGGGCUCACUCCCUUGGCAAGCUAUGUUAACCGUGGAGGGAGGAGCAUCAAGCAGCUCCAGCUGAUCCAUCGCUACAUGCCAUCUGAAGCCUACACCAUGUUUGACGGCUCGGGGCAGACGCCGACACACCAUCUCGUCAUCGACGGAGAAAAUCAACAAUCGCGGGAACUGUUGGAGGAGUUGGCCCGGCUCCAUCCUCGAGUGCUGAUGCAGGACAACGCAAUGGGCCAGCUUCCAAUUGAGCUUGCAUGGACGCUGUACCUCCGCCACCAAACAAGGGAGGCACCCAGCAUGCAUUAUAGAUACUUUGAGCUCAAUACUGGUCAGACAGAGCCCAAGAAGGCUGUGCGAGAUCGGCUCAGCUUUUUGGGCGAAAACGACUCCACGAUUGCCACUUACCGUGUCCUUCGGGCGCUGACAGACAAGGCCAAAGAGGCUGGUGAUGUCUCUCGGAGGUUUAUGAUUAGCGUCAAGGAUGCUCGUGAGGUUGCCAGGCGUUUGUCAAGUAGGACUACGGGCGACAGCUCCAGAAGCACAGAAUGGGAUGAGGUAACGCAGUGGCAUUAA